ACUUUAUUCGUGUAACCGCAUCCAUAUGGUUCCAGUCUGGAUGUGGAAACAGGAAUCUGUGCAGGCAGGAGGAGAAAUAACAGCUGGAAAAGGGUCGCUUCUCCCGGCGAACUCUUCUUCUUCUUCUGUUGUUUUAUUUUGUAUUAUUUGAAGCCCUGCCUGCAGCAGGUUUAGCAGCUAAUCAGGCUGCAAUGAGCUCCUGAAGAGGGGUCGAGCAUGGCCGCAGACGUGGAUAAAAGCACCCCGGAGAGAGAGCGCAGCACCGGGGGCAGUGGGCAGAGGAGUCCGGGAUGUGGAGCCUGGUUCCGCGGAUGGAUGUGGACCCUGCUGGCGGUCUGCGCGGUUCCUCUGGCUGGUUUUGGGAUGAAAUACUACCAGAACUCCCAGCUACUCAGGCGUCAUGAAGAGGCGGUUCAGACUCUGGGUGUCGAAGGCCUGUUCCUCUUCUCCUCUCUGGACACGGACCAUGACCUCUGCCUGAGUCCUGAGGAGUUCAGACCCAUCGCAGAGAAGCUCACAGGGAUCACAGCGCCAGUGGAUCUGGAAGAGGAUGUGAUCGACGACCCAAAUGGGGAGACUCUGGUUCUGGAGGCCAGCAUGAAGCCUCUGCUGCUGGACUCCAUGACAAAAAGCCGCGACCGCUUUCUCGGGCUUUCUCACAGCUCGCUGAGUGGCCUCCGCUCCUGGACGCACCCCGCCGUUCCCUCCUCCUCGUUCCCCGCCGGACACUUCCGAGUGUUUCUGCCCCCAAAGGGCAAAACGGAGCCGGGAGACGCAUGGUGGGUCAUUCCCAGCGAACUCAACAUCUUCACUGGCUACCUGCCCAACAACCGGUACCACCCUCCCACCCCAAAGGGCAAAGAGGUUCUGAUCCACUCCCUGCUGAGCAUGUUCCACCCGCGGCCUUUCAUCAAGUCGAGGUUUGCACCGCAGGGAACCGUCGCCUGCAUCCGAGCCAGCAGCGACUUUUACUAUGACAUCGUCUUCAGGAUUCACGCAGAGUUUCAGCUCAAUGAUGUACCAAACUUUCCCUUCUGGUUCACCCCGGGUCAGUUCACCGGAAACAUCGUCAUCUCUAAGGAUGCCUCCCACGUCCGUCACUUCCGCCUUUAUGUCCCCAGUAACAGGUCUCUGAACGUGGACAUGGAGUGGCUGUAUGGCGCCAGCGAGAGCAGCAACAUGGAGGUGGACAUCGGUUACCUGCCACAGUUGGAAUUGCGGUCUGCAGGCCCCUCCACUCCCUCUGUCAUUGUGGACGAGGAUGGAAACGUCAUCGACAGCCGGGACGGACGCGGCGAACCGAUCCGGUUCGUCUUUGAGGAAAUUCGCUGGACCUCAGCGAUCAAUCAGGAGGAAGCUUCCCACCGCCUGGAGGUCACUUUCUACCCGUUUAAGAAGGUUCCCUACUUGCCUUUUGCAGAGGCUUUUGAGCGAGCCGAGUCGGAGAAGAAGCUGGUCCAUUCGAUUCUGCUCUGGGGAGCUUUAGAUGAUCAGUCCUGCUGAGGUUCGGGGCGAACUCUCCGGGAGACGGUCCUGGAAAGUUCGCCCGUCCUCGCUCUGCUCAACCAGAGCUUCAUCAGCAGCUGGUCUCUGGUCAAAGAGCUGGAGAACAUGCAGGCUGACAAGCAGAACCCUGCGCUGAGCGAAAAGGCCCAGUUGCAUCUGGAGAAGUACAGCUUCCCAGUGGAGAUGUUGGUGGCGUUGCCCAAUGGAACCAUUGUCCACCACAUCAACGCUAACUACUUCCUCGACCAAACGGCAAUGAAACCAGAGGACGAAGGGGCAACUUUCAGCUUUUCUGGGGGGUUUGAGGACCCCUCCACAUCCACGUACAUCAGCUUCCUGAAGGAGGGACUGGAGAAAGCAAAGGACUACAUAACCCAGUAAUAACUGUAUUUCACAGCAGCUGAUGCCAGCGAGCAUUUAGAGAAGAUUUCUCAUCUGUCUGCAGCAAAAGAAGUAUUUUUUUCUCCUUUUUCCGCUUCGUUUUUAUUUACUUAAACACUUUUUGUGGUAAAAUUAGGGCUGCAAAUUCAGUAAUCAGUUAUUCUGACAUAGGGCUGGACAAUAAUCAAUAACAACACAUUUCUUGAUAGAUCAAUAUAAACUGAUAUUACAUUUGAUAAAAUGUUUAAUAAUUGCACUCAAACUCUCAUGGCUA